GUUAGCUUUGUCCUUGUUAAUCGAUCUCCACAUUUUGCAAAAAAUAUCACGAUCAGGAUCAGCCCUCAUCAGCCCCUGUUCCGUCACGAGAGAGAGUUUUUGGUUCGUAACGUCUCUUGGUGUUUUUCGAGGCACAUCUUCCGUGGGAUUUUUGAUUUUAAUCAUUCAUUUGAUUUGGGAAUAACUGCUUCUCAUCUUCUCCAUUUCAUCAAGGAAAUCUUGGUGAAGUUGAUAAGAAUCACAGAAGAUGUACGUGAAGGCGACACCGACGACGGAUCUGAACAGAAACACCGACUGGUUCACGUACCCAGGAGUAUGGACAACCUACAUCUUCAUCUUGUUCUUUUCAUGGCUUCUCAUUCUCUCCGUUUCUGGUUGCACCCCUGGCAUGGCUUGGACCAUCGUUAAUCUCUCCCACUUCCUCGUCACUUAUCACUUUUUCCAUUGGAUGAAAGGGACUCCAUUUGCAGAAGACCAAGGGAUUUACAACAGGCUGACAUGGUGGGAACAGAUCGACAAUGGAAAACAGCUCACUAGAAACAGAAAGUUUUUAACAGUCGUUCCUGUUGUUCUGUAUUUGAUAGCUUCACACACAACAGAUUACCAACACCCAAUGCUGUUUUUAAACACAGUUGCUGUGAUUGUGCUUGUUAUUGCCAAGUUUCCUAAUAUGCAUAAAGUCAGAAUCUUUGGGAUUAAUGGAGAUAUGUGAGUGGUAUUAAUAGGUUGUUGUUCAAUGUUCAUCAUGUUUGGAAGUUGUUCACUCUCCUUUGUACUGAAACGGGUAAUAUAAAGUCAAGAUUGGAAAGGUUAUCAUUUUUGUUUAUGCUGCUGCAUUCCUGUUCUACAAAUGCACUGAUUGAUAUUGAAAAUAAAAAUGAAAGAUUCACCUCUGUAUAGUGGAACUUUAUUGUA